GUGCAGUGGUAGUUUUUCCAGUUUGUGGCAUUUUACAUUUUUAAUUUUAUCUGAAAGAUGAGCGCCAUUAAGUCCAUAACUCGUGAAAAUUUUCAAGAUCAGCAGUUUAGUUAGUUGUCAGUAUUAUCUUGCUGUCGAAAGAAAGUGCCUGUUAUGAUUGAUGGCACGGUUUUGUUAUCGUCUAUUACGAUUCUAAACUUUCACUACGAAGUACGGUGCUAGCUUGUGGCCCUUUGGCCAUGUGCUGAUUAUUCAUCAGUGACAAUUACACCACACUUGCAAAACACGUGCACUGAGAGAUUGCCCGCGAUUUGGUUUGUGGUGAACGGUGGUGUGAAGAGAUUUUGAGGCAGCCUUUGGUUUGUGUUGCGAAUUCGAGCUGGCGAUUGCUAAUGCUGCAGCUGGCCCAUCGAGCCAGAGGGAUCGCGGGCACUGUUUUCGCUGGAUUAUGGGUGGGUGUAUAACAUCGCAAAGGGAACGCAGUCCUCAGCCUGUUCGACGAGUAGUCUCAGAAUCUCAGUCAGCCAACAACUUCAGCGCAAACUCCGAAAGUCGGGAAGUCACCAAUGGAAGUCGCUAUGAAGGAGCUGUAGCUAUUGGUAAGAAUCAGUCUCUGAAGAAAGAGCGUCUGCGGUGGCGCAGUCAAGUGGCUAUGACGGAAGGUCAACUGAAGCAGAAGCGUGAGAUAUUUUGGGAAACGGCUCCAGCUUACGAAGGAAAGAAAGAAGUAUGGGACGCUCUCCGGGCCGCAGCCCAAGCUGCUGAAACCAACGACUGGGCUCUCGCACAGGCAAUUAUCGAUGGCGUGGGAGUUUCAAUACCUUCUGGUACGCUUUUGGACUGCUAUGACGAGUUGGGAACUCGCUACCAGAUUCCUCCGUAUUGUCUCUCAUCUCCGCUUAAUUUGAUAUCCGACGCUGAUCUCGGCAAAGAUGAAAAUAAAUCCACUCCCGUUAAAACUGGAAAAGAUGUGGCUAUCAAGCUGCGCUUCUCCGAUUCUGAUAAAGAUGUGAAGUUCCCCGUUAAUACGGAAGAAUCUAUUGCGUCGUUGAAGAAACGCGUGCAUCAGUCUGUACGGAAUGUCGAUCCACUCGAUCAGCGGUGGUUUUUCGGGGGUAAACUAUUACAGGAUCGGUCCCGACUGUCAGAGUUUAAAAUCCGACCAGGAUAUGUGAUACAAAUUAUUGUUAAAGCUCCCAAACCAGCCUCUUCUCCUUUGUCGUGAUAUGGUUUUGUUGCGUUUAUGCGUUGGCUGCUGUUCGCUUACACGCAGAAUCCUUCUGGUAAUGCUUGGAAAUGGAUUUCUUCCAUUAGUCCUCGAUGGUGCUUUCUUUCUAGCAGUUUUCUUGUACAGUAAUUCCCCAGUCGUUUUCAUUCGUCGUAUUAUGAUAUUCGCUUGUGUUCUGUUUUUGUUUUAAUGGUAUAAAUGUUUUGGAACUGUUUUUGAUUUUGAAUGCUUAGGUUGUUACUGACUGGAAUGUGUUCCGUUUUAAGGUAGCACAUAUUUAUCAAAUGUCUCAUCACUUUGAAAUUUUAUCAUGGAUCUGUUGUACAAUUACAGUUGGUUGGCUUUAAGCUGGCCAGAUUUAUGGUCAGUGUUGCCGUCGAUGUUAAUUUGAUUUGUUGAUAUCUGCAGUAGAUAUUUCAGUGUCUCG